GAAUCAGAAAGUAUUUGUCAUGUUUUUUGCUUGGAAACAGGUAACUGCCAUGUCACGGUGGUUGCGAGCUCGAACAAGGCCUGCCAAGGUAGGGAAGGGUCUGUCCAAGGGUGAGACGGCUCUUCAACAUUGGCUAGAAGCUAGCGCUCCACGCUAUCGUUAUGGAUACAAUUUGCACUUCUAUUAUGAUAUUUGGUCUGAAAGCAGGAGUACUCAACCUUUUUUCUACUGGUUGGAUGUUGGUGAUGGUAAAGAAUUAAAUCUAGAGCAGUGCCCCAGGAUCAAUCUGCAACGUCAAUGUAUUAUAUAUCUUGGACCAAAAGAGAGGGAGGCAUAUGAAAUGAUUGUGGAAAGUGGAAGACUUGUUUACAAGCAAACUGGAAAUCCUCUCAACACUGUUGAGGGAUCUAAGUGGAUUUUUGUGCUGAGCACAUCUAGAGCCUUGUAUGUGGGGCAGAAGAAGAAAGGUGUUUUUCAUCACUCAAGCUUCUUAGCUGGUGGUGCUACGAUAGCUGCUGGAAGACUGGUAGCUCAUCAAGGGGUCCUUGAGGCAAUUUGGCCCGACUGUGUUCAAUAUCCUCCAACCGAAGACAACUUCAAGGAAUUCAUUACUUUCCUUGAGGUUUGCAAUGUGGACUUGAGCAAUGUUAAGAGAUUUUCAAUAUAUGAUGAUGAAGGCUCACUCAAAGUGACAGUGGAUGGAUCCAAGCAAGAGGAGACCAAAAAUAUGUCCACGAUAGCAACAUCAACAAGCAAAAAGGAGGUGGAUGCUAAUGUUUCCAUUCAUGAUGAAUGCAUUGGACCAGAUCAUGAGCAAAGUAGCAUAGCUGGCAAUGCAAUCAAUGCUGAACCACCAGCAUUCAACGUGGGAAAGCUUUUGUCAUUGAAGUGGACUAGUGGAGUUGGUCCCCGUAUUGGGUGUGUUAGAGACUACCCGGCUGACCUGCAAUCUCGGGCACUUGAACAAGUCAAUCUAUCUCCAAGGUCCUCCCCUGCCAACUUUGGGUGUGUUAGAGACUACCCGUAUUGGAUAUUGUCUAACUAUUUUACUUGUUUCAUAAAAUAAUAUUUUGCAAUGAAAUUAAUUGUUGUGGUAACCAAUAUUUCACAGUGAGUAAUUGUUGGGAAAUAAAUGUUUAAGCAACAA